AUGAAAUUACCUAAUCUUCAUUCAUUAAUUAUAUCUUUCGACGAAGGUAUUUUGAAAAUCGAUUAUCUUUUUGCUCAAAUAUUUCGUUUAUCAAAAUUAAAAUAUUGUAAAAUUAAAUAUGAAAUACAAUAUUAUGAAGAAUUAUUUUAUUCUUUUACUGAAUAUAUUUCUAGUCCAAUAGAGUAUUUAAUAAUCAAUGCUCCUUUUCCAUUUAAAGCAUUUCAUAAUUUGUUAUGUUUUCUUCCUAAAAUUCAACAUUUAUCAAUUGGUUCUCUUCAUUUGUGGGGUGAUAUUCACAUCGAAUAUCAAUUAUCUCCUAUUCAAUUAAAAUGUUUACGGCAUGUUUCUAUUUAUUUUAGCAUGAUACAUUUUGAUGAAUUUGAGAAAAUUAUCAAAGAGUUUUUUCAUCAUGUGCAAAUUUUACAUCUUACGACAUAUUAUACAGGAACAUAUUUAGAUACUCAACGUUGGCAAAAAUUAAUCGUAUAUCAUAUGCCAUAUUUACGUGUGUUUGAUAUUAAUUGUCAAGAUUUUCUAGAAUAUGAUAUUUCAUGUCAUGAUGUUGUUACUGAAUUUAAUUCUUCUUUUUGGAUUAAAAAUAAAUGUUUUUUUGUAAAUCAAUAUGAAUGGAACGAUCAAUCUUUUGGUGGAGUUAUAUAUUCGUCUGGUCUGUAUCGAAGAAAAGAAUAUAAGUUUCAUUGGAAAAUAGAUGAACUAUUGGGUUUGCAUCAUCAACAAGAAAAUCUAAAUUCAAUCGAGCAUAUUCAUAUGGGAAGUGAUAUAAAAUCCAAUUGUCGAAGAUAUUUUUCAAAUGUUAAUCGAUUAACUAUUAAAACGAAUUUUAAAAUAUCAGAUGGUGAUGCAUUUAUAACAAAUCUUAAUCAUAUAGUUUCUUUAAAACAACUUAAAAAAUUAGUUAUUAGAACUUUUGAUUUUACAUUCGAACGUAUUAUUAAAUUGUUACUUUUAACACCGAAUUUAUACACAUUAGAAUUUUGUGAAUCCUCUAUGUGGACAAUUGAUUUAAAUGUCAUUAAACAAAAUAUACCUUUUCAAUAUACAUUAACGGAAAAUAAAAUCGAAAAUUUAGUCGUUCGUGGUAAAUGUUCAUUGAAUCAAAUUCAAUUCAUUGUUUAUAUAUUUUCAAAAUUAAAAUACCUUAAAAUUGGAAUCAAAGAAACAGAAAUUCGAUCAAUAAUUCGGUAUUUAUUAUCAAAAACUCAUAAUGAAACACAAUAUUUAUUUUAUUUAUGUAUUUCAUUGUCUCAAAAGAAUUGUUUAGAAGAAGUAGACGAUUUAAUUAAAUUAGACAAUUUACUUAACAAUUACUCUAUUAAAUACAUUCAGGACAAUUUACAUUUAUGGUGGUAA